AAUUUCCAGGAAAUUCAAUAACGCUUAUCAAAGUCAACAAUGGGUAAAAUAGAUAUUCAGCAAUUAAAAGAUGUGGCGAAUCAUCUGCGUAUUGAUUCGAUCAAAAUGACUUGUGCUGCUAAAUCAGGUCAUCCAACAAGCUCAUGUUCAGCUGCGGAAAUUAUUGCAACUCUUUUCUUCAAUGAAAUGAAAUUUGACAAAACAUUCCCGAAAAAUCCAUCUUCUGAUCGUUUCGUUUUAUCUAAGGGUCAUGCAUGCCCCGUGUUAUAUGCUGCAUGGCAUCAAGCAGGACAUAUAUCAACUGCUGACAUGAUGAAUAUACGGAAGAUAACCUGUGAUCUGGAAGGCCAUCCAACACCACGGCUAGAUUUUAUCGAUGUUGCCACUGGUUCUCUCGGACAAGGCCUCUCAUGCGCUGCUGGAAUGGCUUAUGCUGGAAAAUAUAUUGAUGAGGCAAGUUAUCGUGUGUAUUGUUUGUUGGGCGAUGGUGAAUGUGCAGAAGGUUCAGUGUGGGAAGCAACAGCAUUUGCAUCAUAUUACAAAUUGGACAAUUUGGUUGCAAUCGUGGAUAUGAACCGUCUGGGACAAACACAACAGACAAUGCUGGGACAUGACGCUGACACCUUGGCAAAACGCUUUGAAUCGUUUGGAUGCCACACAGUCAUUGUUGAUGGCAGUAAUGUUGUGGAACUAUUGAAUGCUUAUAACAUUGCACGUCAGACAAAAGGCAGGCCAACAGCCAUCGUUGCAAAAACACUGAAAGGAAAAGGCAUUAUUGGGAUCGAAGAUGAAGAUAACUGGCACGGAAAAGCGGUACCCGAAAAUACUAUUGAAGCAAUCGAACAGCUUCUUAUGAACAAGGUAGAUAUUACUGGAACACUUGAAAUAAAUCUCCCGAUAAAUGAUGCUCCAAAUAUCCAGCUACCAAUUGGCCAUAUUAAAAUGGCACCACCAGAAUACACGAUUGGCGAUAAGGUGGCAACCCGCCAAGCCUAUGGCGUAGCAUUGGCAAAAUUGGGUGAUGCAUGUCCACGAAUAAUUGGGUUAGAUGGUGACACCAAAAACUCAACAUUUAGUGAGAAUUUGCUUAAAAAACAUCCAAAACAGUUCGUCGAAUGUUUUAUUGCAGAACAAAAUCUUGUUGGGGUUGCUGUUGGUUUGCAGUGUCGUGAUCGUGCUAUUCCAUUUGCAAGCACAUUCGCUGCGUUCUUCACACGUGCUGCUGAUCAACUUCGUAUGGCUGCGGUAUCAUUCGCAAACAUAAAAUGUGCUGGUUCACAUGUUGGUGUUUCUAUUGGUGAAGACGGUCCAUCGCAGAUGGGUCUGGAAGAUAUCGCACUUUUUCGAACUAUUCCUGGAUCCAUCGUGUUCUAUCCAACCGACGCAGUAGCGGCAGAACGUGCAACGGAAUUAGCAGCUAAUACUCGUGGUAUUGCAUUUAUACGUACUGGACGUCCUGCAUGUCCAGUUAUCUAUAGCAACGAUGAAAAGUUUGAAAUUGGAAAAGGAAAGAUCGUUCAUAACUCAAGCAAGCCAAAAGUUUUGAUAAUUGGUGCAGGUGUUACGCUUUAUGAAGCAAAAAAAGCAGCAGAUAAGUUGCAGUCAGAAAAUGUGGAAGUAAUUGUAAUGGAUCCAUUUACAAUUAAGCCGCUUGAUAAAGAUUUGAUUGUAAAAUCGGCCAGAAGAGCAGAGAAUCGUAUCAUCACUGUGGAGGAUCAUUAUCAAGCUGGAGGCAUUGGUGAGGCCGUAUGCCAGGCUGUUUCCGACCAGAAGAAUAUUCAUGUUCGUUCACUGUUCGUUCUUGAUGUUCCACACUCUGGACCACCGGACGUUCUGCUUGAAAAAUACGGAAUUUCAGCGAGAUGUAUUAUCGAUGCUGUGCAGCAAUUCAUUCAUUUACCAAAUUAAGUGAUUUUACACUUAAUUUCAAAUUUUCAAAUUGAUUCCAGUUUUUUCAAUUUGAAAUCAAAUUUUCUCGGGAAAAUGCUUUUUAAAUCAUUUGAAACAAACUAUUUUUGGUUUAACUGUUUUCCUCACCUUCAUUGAGUAGAUAUUUCCUGGAAUGGUAAUUCCAUUUUUUCGGCAAUGUGAGCUCACUGUUUAAAUAUUGCUACAUUCAGGCUUAAACUCACUCCAUUUUCCACGCUCUUUGAUCCCGUGAGCUUGUUUCGUAAUCUUCAUGAGUUAUUCAUUUAUUAAAUGAAUAAUAUGCUCUACUGAAGUUUCUUUUGGUACUUUACAUUUUGUUUAUUUUGCAACAGACAAUAAACAAUAACAAGA